AUGGAGAAAAAUAAAAUAAACUAUGUCCACAAUAAUAAUCAUAAUCGUAAAGAUAUAAAAAAGAGAUCUCCAUCUUUUUGGAAAAACUCUAUUUUAACACUAGCUCAAAUUCCAAUUAAAAAUUUAUCAAUGAAGACAUGUGCAAUAAAUAAACCAAUAUCAGAGAUUAAAGUUUUAGGUAUAGUUUAUAAAACUGUUGGUUCAAAGACUAAAACUAUUGGUAAUUUAUACAGAGGAAUUUCAUUAUCUUUUUGUUUCAGUGCGGUAGACCUAGGAAGAGAGAUGUUAGUAGAGUCAAUUUUUGGUGGUGCAUUAAAACUAUUGGGUAUAGAUGAAAAAAAAGCAAGACAUAAUGAAGCCUAUAUAGAAGUAGCCAGAAAGUUUUUCGACAUAUCGACCAAAGCAUCAUUAUUUAUUCCAUACAACUUUUUAUUGGACUGCUAUAUCGUCUCACCAGCAGAAUAUUCAUUUAUAAGGGUUAUAUUUGGUGUUAUCUUAAGAGAGCAACUUGGCAUUAACUUUAAUAUCAAAGGACUUAUUUACUUUAUUUUCAAGCUUGCAUUUAAAGUUUUGUUUGCUCCAUUCACCCUAUUCAGUGUAGUCAAAUAUCUUAUUGGCAGUUUAAGCUCUGCAAGUACCGUAGCCAAAGAGUCUGUUGUGCAAAUUUCAAGCAGUGACCAAAUUAACAAUUUAUUUUAUGCUGCAUUACCAACACUCCUUUUAUUUGUAGGCAAAAAGCUAAUUAGAAACACUGUUCAUCUAUUAGAAUUAAAAUGUAAUCAAUUGCAUCAAAACAACCCAAAUAAUCAAUUUUAUAAACACACUAGCCAAUUAUUUUCAAAUUUCUAUUUCAGGGGUAUUGUAACAGGUAUUCUAAAUUGUCCAUUGGAAGUUAUAAGACUCCACUAUGUUGGUACUUUCAUUCAAUCCUACAUCGACACUGUUGACUACUUAAAAAUAGACCCAUCUGUAGAUCGUACAAAUCUAUUAGCAAAAUCCAUCCCGAUGGCACUCAAUCCAAUCUCUACAGCAUCAAUAAUAAUUAAUAGUCAAGGUGUAUCUCAAAAGAAAGAAAGAAAGAAACCAGUUCCUUCUUAUUGA